AUGAUUCAAUUAAAGACGAUGCUCAACUGCAUCGACAACUCGGGCGCCGCCCUCGUCGAGUGCGCCAUGGUUGUCGGCUUGAAGCGACACGCGAGAAUCGGCGACAGGCUCGUGGUUGUCGUGCAGGAGCAGCGAAGCUCGGCCGACGCGGGCGGCAUGUCCUCGGCGAACAAGGUCAAGCGCGGAGACAUUAGGCACGCCGUCGUCGUACGAACGAAAUACAUGACCCAGAGGCAAAACGGAAGCGUUGUCAAGUUCGAUGACAACGCGUGCGUGCUCAUCAACAAGGCGGGAGACCCCGUCGGCACCCGCAUCAACGGCGUCGUCGCGUCCGAGCUUAGGAGGAAGAAGUGGAACAAGAUCCUCUCCAUGGCCCCCAUGCAGGUCUAA